UCUGCGGAUAGGGCACCCCUCCACAUCGCUGACAUGUCGAACCAUCAGAAGAAGCCUGACGCUCGCGCCCUUUUCAAGCAAGCCAAGAGUAGGAAAGGAGAGAAUAGUGGAAAAAAUGUAGUGUCGGCGGGGGGAUCAGCAGUAUCCGGUCGAUCAGGGGCAGCAUCAUCAGCGGGAGGGAAAUAUGGAGGGAAAAGCAAGGAAGAGCUAUUGGCUUUGUAUAGGGCCAAAAAAGCCAUCGCCGCUGCCAGCAAGGCUAACGCUAGUGCACAGCAGAAGAAGCAGCAGCAGACACAGCGCCCGAGUGACAAGAGCUCGGGUUCGCCAGCUACGGGACGGAAGCCUACCGUCAAGGUGCCGGUGAUGACCGCAGCGUCUGGAGCCGGGCGCCCCAGCGUCCAGCCGGCGCCACGAGGACAGGUCCAAGCGGAGGGCGUUGGACUGACAGGCCUUUUAGGCAUUGGAGCAGGAGACAGCAGCAGCAACAGCGACGAAGACGACAACGACGACAACAACGCAGGCGGCGGUAGUGACAGGCAUCCGGGAACGGAUGCCGCCCCUGUCUCAACCCCCGCCGCCGCCGCCGCCGCCGCUACACCCGAGGGCUUGCCAGCGGGCUUCUUCGACGAAGACUUGGCGGCCGACUCCUCCACGACCGUCGCCGACCCCGAAGAGGCUUCCGGGGUGACGGCACCGCCCCCCCCGCGGCCCCAGGCGCCGCCGGUGGGGCGGUUCGGGGCGGAACGGGCGGCCGAGCUUGCCGCCGAAGCCGCUGCCGUUGCCGAGGCCGCUGCUCUCCGGGAGGCGGAGAAGCUUGCGGCGAUGCGGGCGGCGGGUCUAUUGGUAGUGGCGGCGGAUGGGGCAACAGGCGGGGCAGCGGCGGACGGGGGCAAGAAGGCCGCGGACGGCGGGACUGAGGCGGCGGCGGCGGCGCCAAACGGAUCUGCGCUGCCGGAAGGGUUCUUCGACGACCCCGAGAUGGACGCGAAAUCCCGAGGCGUUGACCUGAAGGCCGAGAAGAAAGAGGAGGAGCAGAACGAGUGGAAGGAGUUCAUGUCGUUCGCGGAAGAAGUCAAGAAGACCGAGAAGGAGGAGGAGCAGCAGGAAGAAGCGGUGGAGGAAGACAAGGAGCAGUACGAGGAACUAGAGCAAGCGACGAUGAUGGGCCGCCUGGCGCUGCUCAUGAACAAGUCCGAGAGCAUCAUCACGCGGAAGCGGAAGCGCGCCGAGCCGGCCCGCGGCGAAGCAGAAGACGAGCAAAAGAAUGAUCUCGAGAAGGACAGCACUGAUCCCAGGAACGGUGCUGGGGCGGCAGCGGAGGGCAAGGAAAAGAGGCAGCGGGAAGAAGAGCCCCGACCAAAGUCCCUUGACAGUAGCGACGGCGGAGGCGGAGGCGAGAAGGAGGAGGUGGAGAAGUCGGUGGCCAAGACGGGGACGGCCAUGCGCGAGGUGGCCGUAGCCUCGGCACCGGCCGACGCGGCGGCAGCGGAGAUCUCGGCGAUGCUGCGGGGGCGAAAGCGAAAGAAGAAAAGGGCCACGGAGGAGGCUUUUUCCGGAGAGUACGUGCCGAUGGACCCCUUGGACUGGCGCGCUAGGGGCCGAUGAUGGCAGCUUUUAUUAUUCUUGUGUAUGACGAAGCAUAUGCGCAGCUUGUUGGUUUUGGUUGAACAUUGCGGGGCCACCUCCGUCAUGCGUACCGUGAUGAGGGAAGGGUGUUUUGUUCGUCCGGAAUAGAUGCGCGGGGAGGAAGGGAGGGGGGGGGGG